UAAGUAAUGAGACCGAGGCAACUUCUGUACGAGUCCAAAUUUUUCCGUCUUGGGGGACAGACACACAACUUCGGACCUCUUGGGGUCCUUUGAGACUUUUAUCCCAACGUUUUGGGACUUAAGAUCGCCAAAUAGGUCUCUAGGACCUGAAAAGCUUCUCUGUAACUUGGUAGUCGAUGGUUGAUCGGCGUGAGGAUAGGCGCACGUCGUUAGCAGCACGGGAAGAAAUGGAGCUUGGGCAGCGUCCUGGCAGUGCCGCCCGCUCAGGGGCAUGGGACAACCGCGGGUACGACGGGUCUCGGCCGACGUCUCCAGCUCGUCUGGACGCCUCGGCAUACGCUCGAGACUCGUACGGAUCACCAGCGGCUAUUCCAUCGGAGAUGGAGAGCGAGAUGUACGUUCAUGGCGGCACGGUACGGGCUGUGCAGCCGGCAGGGCCAGAGCAGCAGACCGGGUGUUGGAACAAGUUCAAGCGUUUCAUCCGAGGUAUUUGGGCCACACGGAUGGCCGAUGACGUUGAGCCGGGAACAGAUGCGUAUAUUCGCAUCACUCUGCGAGAACUUUGGACCUAUCUUGUCUUCAUAUCCAUUCUGUCUCUCAUGACGUUUGGCAUGAUGGGUUCGACCAUGUUCUACUUCACCAAGGUGAUGGAGGACCUGUUCCUGGACUCCAGCCUGUGCUGCGGCAGCGGUAGCAACAGCUACCGUGGGAUGACCUCCAUGGCUGACUGGUGGAAGUUUACCCGCGGCCCCCUGCUGGAUGGCCUGUACUGGACCAAGUGGUACAACCAGAACAACGUCAGCGGCGCCUACAUCUACUACGAGAACAAGAUGCUGGGAGUGCCUCGCAUUCGCCAAAUCAAGGUGAGGAAUGAUUCGUGCGCUGUUCACGAGGACUUCAAGGACGAGAUUCUGGAAUGCUUUGAUUCCUACUCUGAGGCGGUGGAAGAGACGGAGCCAUUCGGGCUUGGUGUGAAAGGCGACAACACCACCGUGACCUGGGACGCGUGGUUUCAUAAGGACUCGGAUGAAAUAGACGGCUCCGGACACCGGGGGAAGCUCACCAGCUACGCAGGCAACGGCUAUGUCCAGGACCUGAACCUGACCCGGCCGGCCAGCGAGGCCAAGAUCCUGGAGCUGUUCAACAACCUGUGGACGGAUCGUGGGACCCGGGUGGUCUUCAUCGACUUCACCGUCUACAACGCCAACAUCAACCUGUUCUGUGUCAUCAGGUUGACCGCCGAGUUUCCACCGACCGGUGGACUCAUCCCGUCGUUCAACUUCCGCACGGUCAAGCUCCUGCGGUAUGUGACGAACUACGACUUCUUCAUCAUGGCAUGCGAGGGGCUGUAUGUCCUUUUCAUCAUCUACUACAUCAUCGAGGAGGCCCUGGAGAUCAAGCGCCACAGGCUGGGGUACUUCAAGAGUUUUUCCAACAUUUUGGACAUUACUGUCAUCAUGCUGUCACUGGCCGCUGUAGCGUUUAACGUGUACCGGACCCUGAAGGUAGAAGAACUGUUGGAUCAGCUCCUGGAAAGUCCGGAGACGUACGCUGACUUCGAGUUCCUGGCAUGGGCCCAGGGGAUCUACAACGACAUGGUGGCUAUCACCGUGUUCUUUGCUUGGAUCAAGGUAUUCAAGUACAUUAGCUUCAACAAGACGAUGACACAGCUGUCGUCCACUCUUGCCCGCUGUGCUAAGGACAUCGCGGGUUUCUUGGUGAUGUUCUUCAUCAUCUUCUUUGCCUACGCCCAGCUGGGCUACCUGGUGUUCGGCACACAGGUCAAGGACUUCAGCACCUUUCCAGAUGCCAUCUUCACCCUGUUCCGUAUCAUCCUGGGUGACUUUGACUUCAACGCUCUGGAGGAAGCUAACCGUGUCCUCGGUCCCAUGUUCUUCAUCACAUACAUCUUGUUGGUUUUCUUCGUCCUAUUGAAUAUGUUCUUGGCGAUCAUCAAUGACACUUACUCGGAAGUGAAAGAGGAGAUUGCCCAACAAAAGAGCGAGUUCGAGAUCGGGGACUACUUUAAGAAGGGAUACAACAAGAUGUUGUCGAAGCUGCAGUUCAAGAGGGACAAGAUAGUGGACAUCCAGAAGGCGUUGGCGGCUGCCGACGUCAACCGCGACAAGCAGGUCGACUUUGAGGAGUGGCGCCAGGAUCUGAAAGCGCGUGGCCACGCUGAUGCUGAGAUUGAGGCCGUCUUCGCCAAGUACGAUCUUGAUGGCGAUCGCGUGCUGGAUGCGGACGAGCAGAUUAAGAUGCAGGCCGACCUGGAAGGCCAGAAGCAAGAGCUGAGUGAGGAGAUUGAGGAUGUGGAGAAGGCGCGGGAGAACGCGGCUGUGCACAGCAAGAGCCGCGCUAGCUUCCACGACAUGACCAGCGGAGAUGAGGAUGACGACCGCCCUAUGCACGGUGUGUCGUUUGAGGAGUUCACUGUCCUGAGCCGCCGCGUGGACCGCAUGGAGCACUCUAUCGGCAGUAUCGUGUCCAAGAUCGAUGCCGUUCUGGUCAAGCUGGAAGCCAUGGAACGGGCUAAGCUGAAGCGCCGUGAGACCAUGGGCAAACUCUUGGAUAGCAUCACUGAGGAUGAGCGCGCUGGCCGUACUGAUGACGACCUGAAGCGCGAGCAGAUGGAGCGCCUGGUUCGGGAGGAGCUGGAGCGCUGGGACUCCGAGGCCUCCAUCUCCAACGCCAGCGGGCGUGGCAACUCUCCCGCAAGCGGGGGGCGCCCCCGCUCCCGUGGAUCACGACCACCAUCUGCUGACCACGGCCCAAGCGGAAGCUCUGCUUAAGAGGUCUCUGCAGUGUGAAGGAUCUAGAGAUUGUACUAUGUCACAAGAGGCCUUAUGAUAACCCUCUGGAUGUAUAUAUUGUAUGUGGUUUGAACAAAGGGAUGGGUCGAGAUACUGGAAAAGUUUGAUGCAAUCAUGAACUAAAAAAAUGUUUCUGCAUGUUGUAUUACAGACUAAUAAGUUCUCUACAUAUCCACCUAUUCUUUAAAUAAUAUGUGUGUUACACUUCCGGUGAAAUUUGGCACAAAUAGUAAGUUUUAAGCUGACAAUAUGCUUCUCAUUAUUUUCAAUAAUCAGGAAAGUAACAACCAUACAGAAUAGUACUAAAAAGAAACCACUUGUGUCCUCUGUAUAAAACUAUACCAGAGAGUAAUGUGUUGUUAUACUUGUGCGGUGUUAUACAUAGAAUAUUUAUAUUAUAUAUUCCUAAAUAGUGUAGAUGACAUCUAUUUUCAAAGUAUUUUAGAGGAGCAAUGUCAAUUCAUGUAUGUGGAUGUUCUCCAUGUAAGCUACUAUUAACAACUGCUCUUCAAACCUCAGUGGAUUCAGUAGUACUGUCUCAUGUCUUUGAUACUAUGUUCAUUUCUAAAUCCCUUUGCAUAGGGCUUAACAAAGAUGUUCGCUUUCUCACAAUGAAGUCAGAAAAACUGUUCCAAGGUGAGGGUUACUGAGCGAUGGUAGACUUCGUUUUGGGGUUUUAAAAAAAGUGGUUAGGAAAGGCUUCCCUUCCUGUAUUUCAUUAAUGGGAAAGAUGGAUCAAUGCAUGUUCUGGAUAUAUUUUAUGGAACAGCAACAUUAAAAAAAGUCACAUUGGAACAAAGUGAAGUGAAUGAAAACCUUGAAGACAAUGAAGAAAAAUUUGGCUCAUGAUACAAAAAUAACUGCCCAAUGUAAAAAAAAAAGAGUUUUUAUGUGAAGGCCUACAGAUGUCUAUAAGGUUACAUAUAUUUUGUGUCUUUGAAGUUGGUUAUAGGGACCAAGAACAUACAUUUGUAAGACUGCAGUAUUCCUGUCUCUGUGUUCCAAACUUCUCAUCUAUCUGUGUCAUGUGUGACAUCAUAUAAACAUAUCAACAAUCUUCAAAAGAAGAGCAUAAGAGACAGUGUGUUAUGUCAUGUUACCGGAUGUUUAUUGUAAUGGUGUAGUUUAUAAAGAUGUAACUCUCAUGUUUAGCAUUACACUACUGAAAGUUUAGAAUUGUUGAAGAGUUUUGUCCAAUGUAGGCUGUCAGUGCUUUAACCUUGUGGAAAUGUCCCAUGUUUUGACAACUAAUUAUGUUAAAAAUUGUGAAGAAUUUUUGCGGGCAACAUUUAUUCACUGUCACACUGUACAUUUGGACAAAGCUCAACACACCAGACUGUAUAUAUUUCCUAAACGUAGCAAAGCAGAAAAGAGAAAUUGCCUUCUGAUCUGAUUUUAAGAUUUGGCCAUGUCCAGAAUAGGAAAAAAAAAUGUCAUAUUAGGGAUCGUAUACUCAUAUCUUAAGGAUUUAUAGGAUUCGUGCAUGUAAACAUUUGAAGUCGAUUUUUCUUGAUAAACACUGAUAUUGAUGUAAAAAAGCAUGAGUUUCAUUACACCAGUAUUUGUAGUCUGUUACAGACAAAUAACUCUACUGUUAAGUAUUAUUGGUGAUUGCUACACUUAAGGUCUCUCAUAAUUGUAAAGGACCCUUGGAAAGUGAUGUUACCUGGAUAUGUGCCUUGUGUAAUAUUGAAAAGUGCCUGUGUGGAAGGGUCCCACACCUCCAGAUUUAUUAUCUCUGAAUAAAUGCUCCUGCUAUCACUUCA